AUGGUUUGGUGGGAUACGAAAUUAGUUGCACAGACAGUGACGAGGGAAUUUGUUGCCUCUCGCCUGCACUCCAAGAAUGUCGACAGGCUCGAUCAAGUCCUUGGAUUUGGCAAUGGCUUGACGGAUGAGACCUAUUGGGAGUGGAUCGAGGCCAAGUCUAAGCGAAUCUUUCUGAUACUCGAAGAUGUCGGAAUUCCAGAUCAGAUAUUCGGCGCUGUCGACCACUCUUGGGAAGACGAUGAUGUCCCCAUUCCGCUCAACGAUGUCGACCGAGUGACCGGGACCAAGGAUCAAAAGACGAACUGGAAAUUCUGGGAUCGGCAAUUCUACUAUGUCAUGCGAGAGGUCGAGGAAGGACGCCACAUGACUUAUGGCGACGAUGAGAUUGUACCCGUCGAUAUCGUGGAUCGAAAACAAGCUGCUACAGCACUCGUCCACUCACACCAUAUUGACAAGGUGGUACUGUCCAACAAACCCAACAGAGUUCUUGGCCGAUUGAGAAUACCAAUCAGCAAGAUAAGCAGUGGCGUCUCUCAGGAAGAAUUUCUAAAAGAGACGAGGCGCACCAGCUAUUUCCACAACGAGCAUAUCAUAUCGUAUUUUGCUUCGUAUACACAUCUGGACUCCGUCUGUGUGCUGACUACGGCAUGGACUGAGUACAGCCUCAAAACCGCUCUCACAAACAUACCGGCGUCUUUAAAGACGCAUCUGAAGCACGAUCCACGGGUCCAAGUCAUGAACUGGAUACACUGCCUCGCUGAUGCCAUAUGCUAUCUACACAGCACUGGUGGAUCCCACGGCAACAUCAAGCCAUCAUCUGUGGGCUUCGACCAGGAUCACAAAAUACUACUCACCGACAGGUCGAUUUUGAGCUUGGAGGGGAUACCAGCUUCGACCGACAGAACAGCCUUCAACAAGGAGUCAUACGAUUACGCUGCUCCAGAGCAGUGGUUCCGGCCAACGAACUGUAACAACUUGUAUAACAACAUAAACAAAAGUGUGCAGACUUCAUCCUCUGCAUCGUCAUCUAGCUCUGGCAGUUAUGCCAUCUCAAUAAAUAAAGGCGGUCCGGGAUACGGUACAGCACAACAACAUCAACUGCCACAGCUAGACCCCCAGGCGGCAGAUAUCUUCUCUAUGGGCUGCAUCAUGCUUGAGCUCAUGGGCUUCUUGUUCAGCAAGAGAACAUCAAAAUCCUUUGCCGCUCACCGGGGCGACAAGCACCGACACGCUGGAAGAGGUGGUGCGCCGCUGGACGCCUCCUUCCACAAGAACCUGGGACAGGUCGAAUCCUGGAUGGUGGCGCUGGCCAAGGACGCGGGCAAGAAAAAGGAUGAUGCCGUUUUGCGCGGCGUGGCCCCGGUGCUGCAAAUGGUGGCACGCAUGCUAUCAGUUACGCCGCAAGACCGGCCAUCGGCCUACGCCGUCGAGCGACAUAUCUACCAGGUGUUGACGGAGCACUGCGGCAUCGCGGAGCCGCAUUGCGUCCACCAGUACGAGGACACGGCGGCCUUUAUUGAUCUACCAGUCACUUCGGGCCUCGAGAGCCUGCGGAUAGGGACUGGAGGAGGAGGAAGGGGAGCGGCAGGGACCGACGACGAAUCUAUCUUCUCCAUUGCCACGAGCAGCCGGCGCGUAAGUCGGCAGGGGAGGUCGUCACUCAGCAGCACGCGGACGCCGACGACCCCAACAAUGAUGACAGGGCCGCCCCGGAGCCAGACAAAUCUCGACGGGGCGCUGGCCGUGCCGAGGGGCCAUCGUGGAAUGCAGAGGUCCAUUGCAGCGACUGCGCAGCAAUGGGGCGUCCCCUAUACAUUCGAGGAUGCUGCACAGACUAGUUGA